CGUGAAACGUGGCGGUUGUGUGUUUUGGUUUCUCGUACAUUUAAUUUAAUUUAAUAUAAGAAUAAGAUCAAGGAAUUGGUAAAUUGUAUAUAUUUUGGAUAGUAUUACAUGUAAAUAUUGUUUUUUUUUGUAUAUAUUGUGACAUUCACUCAUAUUAGGUAAGUCUUUUGUAAUUCUUUACCAUGGCGGAGGAUGAUCCUCCUGACCCUGGAGGGGAAAACCUCCAAGUUGGUAUUAAUGUUGAAAUUGAAUCUAGCAUGGACACAGAUACAUCAGUAAAUAAUAAGAACGAUUUGAAAAGAAAAGUAUAUAAAAAUAAGAGGUGUAAAGAUUGUAACAAAAAGAGAAAGCGAAAUUCUGGUGGGGAAUAUGUUUGCGAGUGUGAAAUUGUACAGAAGACCCAAGUUCAUACUAUUACAAAUACGGACACAAAUAAAGUAGUUUCUGAUAUUCAAACAACCAAAGUUGGCAGAAAUUUAUUUUCAACAUCUGAUGUUGCACCGUUUACGGUGCAUGUUCAAUUAAAACAAACUGAUCCUAACUCGUCCCUGCACCCGGUGUCUUUUGGUAGGUUCUUAGUAAAAAACGGCUUCAAAAAUAUUAUAAAUGGUAGUGUGAAACGUAUUGGUAGGACAAGAAUUUCUAUGGCUUUUGCAAAUCAUAUCGAUGCUAAUUUGUUUGUGACCAAUCCUCAACUUGACAAAGAAAAUUUAACAGCAUACAUACCAUCGUUUACAGUAACGCGCAUGGGCCUAGUCCGUGGUAUUCCAUCACAGUGGACGGAGGAGGAAAUAGUGUCUAACAUUUCCGUGCCCAUUGGAUGUGGAAAAGUACUUAAAGUUCGACGUUUGAACCAUAGAGUCACAGUUAAUGGUACCGUUUCAUGGCAACCCUCUGAAACAGUUGUCCUAACUUUUGAUGGUCAAGUUUUACCAAAGCGGGUAUUUUCUUGCUACAACUCAUUGCCUGUUGAACUGUAUAUCUUUCCCACAAUCCAAUGCUACAACUGUACUAAAUUUGGCCAUACGAAAACUAAUUGCAGAUCUAGACCCAAGUGCUUUAAGUGUGGUCAGUUGCAUCCCGGUCAUACCUGUUCAGUGGAGGAAGAUGAUGCCACUUGCUGCCUUUGCAAUGGUUUUCAUUUCGCCACGAACAGGGCUUGCCCGGAGCACAAGAGACAGAAGGAUAUUAAAGUAACUAUGGCUAAUAAUUGUAUCUCGUAUGCCGAGGCAGUUAAAUUACAUCCAGCUGUUUCAAAAUCAUUUGCUGAUGUCCUUCUGACACAGUCAUCGCCACAGUCGCAGUCUCCACAGUCUCAGCCAAAUUUACACCGUAGUGUCCAUAAUCCAGCCCCAAGUAGAAUCAUGCAGUCACACAGUUAUAAAAAGACAACUUUUUUGAAACCACGUACAGUUAAAAAACUUAUAACAACAGGGUAUGAUGUAGCAGCUCACAAUGCUUUAGUUAAAGAGUAUACCAUCCCAUCUCCUCAAAAUGGCUGUGCACUACAGCAGGAGUCUGUUAAAGAUAAUGUAUCAGUAGCUGAGGAAAUACAAGCAUUGAUUAAUCAUUUAUCUCAGCCCAAUGUAAGAAUACCGUCCCACGUUGCCCCCAUGCUUGAAGAACUUGUUUCAACUAUUAAAAAUAAUGGCCAAAAUUAUACAAUGGAACUGCAGAAGUGUAAUAAAUAAAAAACAUGAUUUAAUUCAUUUAUUAAACAAAUUUCAACCAUUUGUUUUUGCCCUCUCUGAGACAUGGCUCAAGCCUGGAGCUCUUCUUAGAGUCACGGGAUAUUCAUGUCUAAGAGAGGACCGUCCUUCGCGACCUGGCACUCCUGGUGGAUGGGGCGGAGUAGCUCUACUCGUCAGGAAUUCCAUAUCAUUUUCACCUUUUCAUCUUCCAUCUCAUAGCGAUGAUUUUUCAAUUGUUGCUGCCAUUGUAAAUAACAUCUGUAUCGUUUCUGUAUAUAUUCCUCAUCCAUCAUCAUCUAUUUUUGUUGAGCUUGAACAAAUAAUUUCCUCUCUUCCUAGGCCCGUUUUAAUUUUAGGAGAUUUUAACUCGCAUCACCAGGUUUGGGGUAGUUCAGCAUCCAAUUAUAAUGGAGAUCGCCUCAUUAAUAUCUUAGACCAGCACAAUCUUUGUAGUCAAUUAGCGCUAUUGAUUUGUCUAUUUGUUCAGCCGAUCUUGCAUCUUCUCUCACAUGGCAUACUCUGGAGUCAACAUAUGGGAGUGAUCACUACCCUAUCAUUAUUACAUUUCCAUCUUCUAUUCCGCCAUCUCCAAAACCUAGCCCUAGACUUAAGUAUAAUUUAAGUAAUGUUGAUUGGAAACUUUUCAAAACCCGCGUAGAGGAGAAAUUGUUGUGUUUACCGGCCAUAGAUGAUAGUAAUGUAGUUAGUUGCUCAGUUGCAUUAGCCCAGACAAUGACCGAAGUAGCCAAUGAAGUUUUCCCGGUUAAAAACAGUGCAUCGGGUAAAAUACCUUCUCCGCCUUGGUGGGAUGAUGAUUGCACCCAAGCAAUCAGAAACCGCAAGGAGGCUGAAAGAAAAUAUUGUCAUUUUAUGACAAAUGAAAAUUUUGAGACAUACAUGCAAGUUGCUCGUGAGACUAAAAAAUUGUUACGAAAGAAAAAGUUUGAUGGCUGGAAGCGAUUUUGUUUGUCUCUUAGUCCUAGUGUUAAACCGUCCAUAGUAUGGAAUAAUAUUAAAAGAUUUAGACAUGCUUUCAAUGAGACCACUAGACAGAUUUUUCCUCCUAACCUUGCUACAGAGUUUAUGGACAGAUUAGCACCUGCUUCCGUCCCCGAAGAAUAUGUAUUUCACCCUGCUGCCUUUUUAUUUGACUCUUGCUGUUUAAACAAUUUAAAUGGGCCUUUUAAAAUGGAGGAGUUAAAAGCUGUAUUAAGUGGUUUGAAAGAUACUUCACCUGGGGAAGAUGGAGUUCCUUAUUCCUUUUUAGCAAAUGCCAGUGAUGGUAUUCUUUCUUAUUAUUUAAACAUAAUAAAUUCUGUUAUCCAGUCUGGUACAAUUCCUGAUUCUUGGAGAUCUCAAAUAGUUAUUCCUAUUUUGAAGCCAUCCAAACCAGUGUCAGAUGUCUCUUCUUAUCGUCCGAUUGCCCUUUCCUCAGUAUUUGUUAAAGUAGCAGAACAUUUAGUUAAAAACAGAUUAGAA